GACAACGGUAUACAUAUUCAUGCGUCCUUCGACGAUGGCGUCCCGACGUCGAGUGCUCGCCACAACCUCAGCGCCGCCGGCCUCCGUCUUCGUCGUCGCCCUUCGUCGUCCCUCUUCGUCGUCGCUCUUCGUCGCGACGUCGAUGCCCGGUGGUGUCAGUGAACGUUGCAAGGGAACUUGUUGCACCAGGAAAAUCAGACUUUCCAACUAUCUGGCAAGGAUAACCUCGUCUGACGUUCACUCUUAUAAUAUGAAGAAGAAAUUCCGCCCCCGAUCAUUUAAAAUGAUUCAAACGAUUCCAUGGAAAAUAUCUUUGGAUUGUGGUAACAUCAUACGUGCGUUACGUUCCGUCACCGUCCUGUUUUGCAUAAUAUUUCAAGUCUCGAAACGCUAAUAGACAAUAUUUCUCGAAAUUUCGUGUCGUGACUCACGCGACGUGUGCGACUCCACCAACUUGAAUAACGUACUUGAGGAGUUGAGGGUAGGAAGGAUAGGCUAAAAAACUAAAUCAUGGUUAUCUCGUAAUUACAUCAACCGACAUCUAUGUA